AUGAUGUCUUCAACUUCCUCAAGGUUAAAAUAAAAUAGAUAAAUUUAGGCUCAUUAGUCCAAGAUAAAACUUUUAGUUAAAAUAUACUAAAAGUAUUUGUAAAGAAACAAAAUAUCGUCUAAGAACUGCUCGACAUAAUUAAUUAGAAAGAUUUAUUAUAUAAAAACAUCAUCCAGAUGAAAUUAAAAAAUGUAAUACUAGUUGUCAUUGUGAUUAUUGUGGCAAAAUGAGUGCGUUUUAAAUAAAGGUUUGGAGAUAAAUACCUUCAUAUGAAUCUGUGUAAAAUCAAAAAUUCAAUUCAUUGAUUAUAGUUUUUCUAGACGAAAAAGAGUUUUUAAACGCUUUAGAAUAGCAGGCUAUGCUGCAUAAUUCUUAGUUUUCUACAGGGCUGAACAAAUUAAAAAAUAGAAAAGACUAAAAUAAAUGUCAUAAUUCCUUAGAAAUCCUUUGAUAUGUAAUAAAAGAGGAACCAUGGUAGUUUAAUCGGCUAAAUCUCACAGAUCUCCUAAAUCUCCAUUACAAUUAGAUAAUAAAUUUAGGUUUAACUUUUCAUUCAUUUUUUAGGAGAAAUGCAACUGAUUAAUUUGAAAUUGACUCUAUCAAAGAAAAAAUGUCAUUCAAUGAUCAUUGUAGUACUCUAAUAGUUUGUUAAAAUCAAAGUAUUAAAAAGAGAUAACUUUCAUUGUAUAUGGAAGAGAUGUUAAAAAAUAUCACAACUAAAUAAAGUAUUGGAAUGAGUCUUACUCCCCUUUCAAUAAUUGUAUUACUUUUACUAUGCAAAUAAUAGGAUAAAAAAAUGAAGAAGAAUAAAUCUAUACCUUGUAUUACAGAAUAAAUCUCUCCAAAAAAUAGUCUAGACAAUCUUUAGCUUGAAAAACUACUUACUCCUUUGAAUCUUCUUUAGAGGGGUAAAAGAAAUCGAUCACAUGUUCAAUUAUUUAAUAAUGAAUAUUCUAAUAACAACAAAGAAGUUAUAAAAAUGAUUGAUAACCUAAAGAUAAAGCAUAGAUAAUUAAAAAGAAAAAAUUGA